UAUGUGACAAUACUUCCUCAUUUAGGUUUAGUCAUUUAUCGAAGUAUGGGGACCAUGCGUUUCACCAUCGCUAUUCUACUAACUCUCGUCCAUCAAACAGAGUCCAGCUCUGUGUUUGUGCUGAAGGGACAGGAUGUUCGUCUGGAUGUCCAGACAAAUAUUACACUGGAAAAGGAUAUUGAUGUGCUAUUUUGGAAGUUUAACACAUUAGUCAAUGUUGUAAAGUAUCCCCCAAAAGUAACCUUUGAAAGGUUCAAAGGUAGGGUUGAAUUUAGUGAGGGAAACUUCUCUCUGCUAUUGAAGAACCUUCAGGAAGGAGACAGUGGACCGUAUGAAGCAAUAGUGUCUGGUAACAAAAACACCAACGUUGCUACAUACAUGUUGGUAGUUCAAGAGAGAGUUGAGCCUCCAGUACUGACAGUGGACCCUGUCUCCACCAAGAGUGACCCCUGUAAUGCGAAUGUAACCUGCAGAGGCCAGAACACCUCUGUCACCUCCAGCUGUAACAACAGCACCUGCUCUCAGGUGGGAGGAGAGAGUAGAGGGGCUGAGACCUCCACUGUCCCCCUGCUCUCUGUCUAUGUGGCAGGGGGUUCCAUCAUCUGUAACCACAGCAACCAAGUCAGCUGGGCCAACGACACCAAGGAGAUCAAAACGUUUUGUGUACCUAAAUUUGAGCGGGACAGAGCGGACCACAACUACGCUGUCAUCCACGUCAUCAUCAUCUUUGUUGCAUGUGCCCUGAUUGGUUGGUGAAAGCUAAAUAACGGUGGACUCCAAUCAAGUUGUAGAAACAUCAAGGAUGAUCAAUGGAAACAGUGGUAUAUCAAUGGUAUUUCUGUUCUUUAUUUUUUUUGCAAACAUUUCUAAAAACCUGUUUUCGCUUUGUCAUUAUGGGGUACUGUGUGUAGAUUGUGUACUUUUAACAGCAUAUUACUUUCGUAAUGUCGUUUUCAGAUAGCUAAAUCAUUUGGACCCCUAUGACUGAAGUGUAUUUUUAUUUAAACCUAAAUGUUUUCAAAUAUUGGUACAACAACUCAAACUUCAAAUUUUGUAAACUAUUUUGUGAGAAUCAAUCUUAUUACAAGCUUUAUUUAUGGAGCGAUUUCAGUGCUAACAGAAACUGUAUUUGAAUUCAAUAUGUUUUCAUGUGUAUUUAGAUAUUUAAUUUGAAUUCAAUAACUUUGAAUUUGUAAUGCACAAAUUGAAUUCAUAAAUUGAACUUGUAUUUCAUGAUUUGAAACAGAAUUUAAUUAAUAUUGUAUUCAGUUUGAAUAUGGUACACAAUUCAUUAAUUGUGUGUGUGUGUGUGUGUAUAAAAUUGAUAAACUAUUUCAAGUUUACAAAAGUUUCACAUUCAACUUCUCAAUGCAUUCAGAUUCAUUUUUCAAAUUCAGUUCUCUAAAUUCAGAUUCAAAACCAGAGACAACAUCCUAGUACUUUGCCAGCAAGGAAUGGUAGAACAGAACAGAAUCAAAUGCUGAAUAGAUUUUUCUUCCUGUUUGGCGUUUUAACCAUUUGGGCUAUGAGCCCUUACUUGUAUUUAUUAUGGAACCCUACUCUUCCUGGGGUCCAGCAAAAUUAAGGCAGUUAUACAAUUUUA